CCCUUUCUGGCAACUUGUGCUGCAGGAACCCAAGAGGGAAAUCCCAGGAUGGACGCCGAUGCUGAACUUCUGGAGGCGCUGGUCAUCAUGUUCACGGUGAUCACAUUUGGGCUUCUGGUUAUCAUGGGAGUUUUCAGAAUCCGACGCUUUACCUGUUCUCUUCUGUUUAGCGUUCUUGCGGCAUUCUGGGCUUGGGGUUUGAUCGAGGUUAAGAGGUUGAACUUCUGGCUCCAGCGCACGGGUCGCUUCGACCAAAUGUUUUCUCUGAUGCAGAUACAUGUGUUUGAGAUCGUUUCGUUUCUGAUGCUACUUCUGAUACUUCUGUUUUCUAUCAGAUCUUACCUGCCAAAUUUGCGAGGUAUUCUACGGAUGGUGAUGACAUGGUUCGGCAACCAUCCGGGAAGAUCACCGGCGCUGCUCUUCCUGGUCGGACUGGCCAUCACGGGCUACGGCAUGGGCGUGUUCUUAGCCAGGGGCCUUCCGGCAAACAUCUUCCAUGGUGACUUUGGUGUCUUCAUUACUGUCAUCGGCUUGAUGGUGGUCACCGCCGGUGUCUGGACACAUCGUGACCCCGUGGGCCAGAUGGCUGGGGCUUCCCUUGCAGUUUACAUUUUGGUGCUCCUGGUCAGCAGCUGUAUGGCAGGCGACUGGUGAAGCUGUGGUUUCCACUCAUGUAGCAUGACGUCACAAAUUUAUGGA